AUGGAUGGUGUUCCAUGGCAUCUGCAGCGAAGCUAUUUGAAGUCGGACUGGCACCGCAGCACCUUUUCUCCUGUACUUCCAAAUGUUCGCCAGCAACUGGAAGGUCGUGCUCGCCCUGAAGCAGACAAGGCUCUUCGGCCGAGAUCAGCAGGGACUCGCCGGGAUCUAGCUCUGGAUCCGAGUGUGCGACGUGUUUGCCGGCUGCUUCCUCUUCCCAGGAUACAGGACAUCAGCGGCUCCUCCACAGAGGAACAAGGAGUCUUUCAGGAGGCUGUUCUGGUCAGCGAUUCAAAGUUGACAGAGGUGCUCAGCAAGCAGGAUCAUCACGACAUCGUUGCCGACAGCAUCCAGCGACUCUGGCUGUCUGACUUGCCGUGGCUUUCCGCGGGAGCUCUUGCGCCCAUGGCAGGCAACUUUAAAGAACUGCGGGAGCUCAGCCUUCGUCGUACCCGAACAGAUGAUGCUUCUGUUGCGGCCAUCAUUGCAGGAUGUGGAAAACUGGAGCGGUUGGACAUCAGCUGCUGCAUGCUCACGGACAUAUCCUGCGUGGCGCAGCUUGCGGAUUUGCGAGAGCUCAGGGCUUCGCGUUGCCCAGCCGUGACGGAGGAGUUCGUGGGAUCCCUGCGCCAGCUUCGACGGCUGGAGGUGGUUGACCUCUCAUACUCUGCGGGAGUUAGCGAUCAGGCACUGGUUCAGAUGGCUGCUGGGUGCAUGAGGCUGAAAAGGCUGGCGCUUGUGUGUUGUCCGCGGAUUGGCGAUGCAGGCCUUCUGGCCAUGACGCAAGCCAACCCAGGCAUUGGACAUCUCUUGCUUGCCCUCAACCCUGACCAGUUUUCCGACGACAUGACUUCUCAGGCAAUGGUCAAUCUGAAACGACUACGUGUUCUGGAUUUGACGAACUGUCCCCAGUUGAGUAGACAGUUGCCUUUUGCCAUCGCGAAGCAGUGUGAAUACCUGGAGGAUCUAAGCUUGGCUUCCUGCCCCAUGCUGCGGGAUGAUCACGUGCGGCGGAUCUUGCUUAGCUGCCAGCGGCUGCAGCGGCUGGACCUUUCAGGCUGCAAGAUCCUCUCUGUAACGGUCUUUCUGGAGGUUGUGCCACAUGCACAUUCCCUACGACGCUUGAACCUUUCGCACAUACCAGCAAUCACAGACCAGGCUGUUGCAGCAAUCUAUCGAGCCUCAAUGGCUGGCGACAGCGGUUUCGAUGCUGCUGCAAUUGCAGCAAACUUACGGGCAGCGGCAGCCGCAGAAGAAGCAGAGGAGGAAGACGACGAGGAGGGCAGCGAAGCCAGACACCCAGGAGCUGCGCAACAAAUCUGGUGCAUUUAG